CCAAAUCCCCUCCCAACGGUCCUGGCGUUGAACUCGGCUUUUGACUUGAACUCGAAUCCGACCCCGGACCUAGACCCGACUUAAAUAAAAUCAAAAAAUAAAAAUAAAAAUAAACUUUGGUUACAGAACGCAUUUUUGCUUUUCAAAAAUAAAUUUUUUAAAAACAAAAAUUUUACUUUCAUUUUGUGAUUAAAAAAUUAAAAAACAAAAGUAUUACCAAACGGCACCUUAGUAAUUUAAGUGUUAUUUUUUUAUUUUAUUGUUAACAUUAUUUUAUUUAUUUUUUUUCGAUAGGAAGCUUAAGACAGCUGCCUCACUCGUCUCACCUCAAAAGCAGUUGAUUAUGGUUGAGUAAUUGUUUAAUCUAUCUAUUUUUUAUGUGGUGUUUUUGCUCACUUGUUUAGCUCAGAUAUUAGCUCUAUUUAAAAGCUCUUAACAAACAAUCCAAAAUAUUUUUUUUUUGUUAGGAAAACAAAUUUUCUUUAAAUCUUUUAAAAAAAUAUAACUAUUUUUUUUUUAAAAAAAAGUUUCAUAGUUUAAUAAUCUUAGCUUAAGUUCUAAAGAUAUAUAGCUUGUAGUGUUGCCAAACAAGACACAUGCAUAUUUAUUGGUAUAUGCGGCUAUCAUUGAUGACUAAUCAUAUGCAAAGAAGCAUGAUUGACCCUUGGCAUUUGGUUGGAGGUAAUGAAAUAGAAUGAAAAUAAUUUUAUUUUAUUCUUUUGGUUGGUUCUAUUUUAAAGUAUUAAAAUAUUAUUUUAAUGGAAUGACUUUUCCAUCAUUUUGAUAAAAUGACUUCCAUUUUAAAAUAAAAUAAACGAGAGUUUCAAUGUAAGAUAAAAAAUAAUUAUUAAAGUUUUUAUAAUUUUUUUACAUGCAUUUUAAAUUUUAUUCUAUUUUAUUUUUAUUUUUAUUUUUAUUCUUAUUCUUAUUCUUAUUCCCAUUCAUAUUUCUAUUCUCAUUUCUAUUCGUAUGUUUUUAUUUUUCCCAACCAAACGUAAUCUGGUUGGGAGGAAUGAAAACAUAGGAAUAAGAAUGAGAAUGAGAAUGAGAAUAGAAAUAAGAAUGGAAAGAAAUAAAAUUUAAAAUACAUAAAAAAAAAUUGAUAAGAAAUUAUUAAUUUUUUUUGUUUGAUCUCAUAGAUAUCUAGCCAACACUCGCUCGCUAGAUUGAUGAGAUGAGAUAUCUCAUGUGCUCAAAAUGGAAAGUAUUUCGAUUUCGAUUCUGGCGCCUCAAAUAUAUUCGUGAACAAGUCUUAUUUAUGUCAAAUUACAAAGUUUGAGCCAUUUUUACUAAGAUGGACCAAAAAACUAAAAAUCUUGUGGGAAUGUCAACCUGGAUGCUAGGUGAAAACCCUAGGCGGCACACUCCCGGUUUGACUUUUAGGGUGUUGUUUUGUCUUUUUCAUUUUUGAGACCUUGAAUUUGGAUUCUUCUUGUCUUCUUGAUUCAGAAUACUGAAAGAUGGUGAGUUUGAAACAACUUGGCGGGAUCCAAACAUCCAUUCUAGAAUUUCUAAGGUCAACCUGGGUGUAGGGCUAGGGACCCCUCCCAGUCUACUAUGACUCGGGACUACUCAACUCCUGGAUUUUUUUUUCUUGCUAAGUGUCAAACAUUGAUGUCCACAUCACCAGGGUCAAUUUUUGGAUAAAUAUUUGCUCCCAAGUCAACUUUACAUUUGUGUGAGGUUGACUUGAUGAUGUUAAACAAACUCGUUUCUCUCAAAACUAUCAGGUGGGCAUCAAUUUUAACAAUCUCAGCAAUUAUUUUUUAUUCUUCAAUGAUUCCUAGUGGACUAGGAAUUUCGAAUUCUAUUCCCUUUUGAAUUGAUGAACUCGAAAUUUAAAGAAAAAAAGAAAGGAAGAGAAAAGAGAAAAGAUAACAGAUUUUUCUCUCUCUUUAUCUUUCUUUUUAAAUUAAUUCACUCAUUGUUGGCUUAAGAAUAAAGGAGAUAAAUUACUAUAAAUAGAGAAUUCAUCCAUUCACUUUUCCCACUUAAUUCACACGCCCAAGAUGUAGAAUAGAGAGUUUGAGAAUUUUACUUCCAUCCAUUCUUCAAGUGUUCUUCAAAUUCAGGUAAAAAUUUGAAAAUUUUCUAUUUUUUUCGGAUUUUUUUUCUUCUCCUCUUGUAGAGCUAAGUUUAAGGAUUCUAGAUCUUGUUGGAAAUUCUUAAACUCCAUUGGUAUGCCCUCCAAAAAUCAAAAAUAAGAUUUUCAUGUGAGUUGUUUAAGCUGAAACUCUCCAUUCCUGCAAGGUGGAGUUGGUCUGAUUUUGCUUGAAAAAAGCUAUUUUGAGUUGAAUUAAGUUGAUAUUUAGUUGAUCAAAGUUGAGGAGAGCUGAGUUGAAAGCAAAUAUGCCUCGCGUGAGAAGAACUAGAAGAAAACCUCAAGAAUAUGAUCGACACACGACCUAAUUCAUUCGUGCAAAGCUCACAGUGCCAAAGUCUAAGAACCUAGACAAGACUCGUGGAGGGAAAGUUAUGGCUACUGAGUUGCUCACUGCUGCCAUUGAAAGUGAGGACCCAAGAGAUCGAGACUUUGAACUAAGGCCUCUUGUAUUUAGUUCCAUUACUCAACACCAAGUACAAUUAAUUCGAGAUGAAUACUCUCUACUUGAAACUGUUGUCAAGAAACCCAGAGUCGAGUGUCCCAAUGAUUCUCGAAAUCCUUAUUAUAGUGCUUGGUCAAUGUUUCACAUGAAUGUGGUGCAUUCUUGCCUCUACACCCAUGAUUUGUCUCAAUUGUUGAUUACUUCGGGGUAUGCCCUUAUUAGAUAAAUCUGAAUGGUUACUGGAUUUUGUUAACAUUCUUUAUCUUCUAUGGUCUACAGAACUGGCCUAUUCCAACUCCUUAUGAGAUCAAUUUUCUAUGUGAUCUAAAAAGAUGUCUCACCCACAAAGAGAAAGGCUUCUACCAUUUCCACCAUUUUAGUGUGUGCAUUGACAACAUCAACAAAAAUAACUAUGGACUCUACCAUAAAGAGCACUUCUAUACUCCCAAUAUUCCUUCAAGACAUGUCACCUUUCAAAAGGUUGGCCCUUUUAAAAGGUCUGUUUCACUCAUCGACAUGAAGCGGAGAGCAGAUGCCAUGUUGACCGAUAUUAAUUUAUGGGAGCAGGAUAGAAAGAUGUUGUUCACUGAUGAAAACUUCUGUCACGUAGGUCUGAUAGCGACUUGCCAACAAGUGCAUGUUGAUUAUCUCUUUGCUAGUAACUCUUGGACAAUGUCCCUUGAAGAUGAAGAGAGUGGGCAAAGUGGCACUGUUAUUGGGUCCAAAGUGAUGUCAGAAGACAAUGAAGUUGGUGGUGAUGAGGCCAUGACUGAACCUUCAGGUCACACUGAAGCUUGUGUGCCUGAGAGAGUUGGGGAAUCAGUAGAUAAGAUGAGCUUCCUUGAUGCUAUGGCUUCCUGCUCUAAAAGAAAGAAACCAACAACCAGGACUAAUGUUCCUCAUAUUUGAGAGGUUGUGCAAGCCAUUCAUGCAACUUCUUUGGCUCCUCCAAAGAACUUGAGGAAAAAAGACAAGGCUAUUGUGACUAAUAAUUCUUCUCCAGUGAGAGAUUCACACAAGGGAAAAGACAAGGUCAUUGAAAUUGAAGACGAGCCUUCUACUUAUUGAAUCAUUCAUGUGUGUGUAUAUACAAUAUUGUUCAUAUUAAAAUUUAAAAUUUUAAGUAAAUAUGAACAUAACAUACUAAUGAUAUAAAUUUUUAAUUGCCAUAAUGAUGCUACUCCAAGACCAUAUAUUUAUUUCAUUCUUGUUGUAUGACUUUAAUUUCCAUAUCAAAUGAUUAAAUAUCUAUAAUUCUUAGUGCA